AUGGCUAGUCGUAUCAAAACUCCGACUAAUGUGAAAUUAUUGACGAAUGUCGCUGUGGUGCGUAUGAAGAAAUGUGGCAAACGAUUUGAAAUAGCAUGUUACAAGAACAAGGUUGUUAAUUGGCGCAAUCGAGUUGAAAAGGAUAUUGAUGAAGUGCUCCAAACACCAACCGUUUUUACAAACGUUUCAAAGGGAUUAGUCGCAAAACGUGAAGAAUUGAAUGCAGCGUUUGGUACAGAGGAUCAGCUGGAGAUAUGCAAAAUAGUCAGAAGCACUUCAUUUAUUUUCAUUGCCUUGUUUGAAACCUGUCGCUUAUAUCGGUAUUAA